AUGUCAGCUAUGCCUGCAUAUUACUCGUCGAAGGCGGCAGUAAUCGCUCUGGCACGAUCAGAUGCGAUCGACCAUGCCGCGGAUCGGGUGAGGGUGAAUGCGGUCCUACCCGGAGCAACGGCAACACCACUAAGUCAGUCGAGAGAGGACGCGAAGGAAAACAUCGAAAGGGGUGCUAUUAAUGUUUGA